GUCAUUGUUGUCACUACUUCAAAUUUCAGUACAUUAGCCCUUGCGGUUUACUUACAGUAUUAACUUAGGACAGGGGAAUUAUUAUUAUUAAUAAUAAAUUAAAACUCCUAAUUAAUACAUAAUGAAAUCCUAAAGAUAAUGGAUUUUAUAAUUUCCAAGAAAUAUACAAGUAAUCGUUCUCUACACAUUUAGAUCAAGUUUAGAUCGUUUCCUUGUGACGUGUCCUCCUCCUUGGCCAAUGAAACGCGGUCUCGAACAGCUAAGCCACGCCUCCCUGGGUGUCCGUUCUACGUUCUAUUUCCAGUUCUACACAAUAUGAAAUGUAUUUGCCUUCAACCAACAAUAACAUGGAGCGCGUUUGCGUCUCGCACAACAAAACCACUUUCUCGCGCUUUUCCAUAGACAGCAUAAGGCUUUUCCCGCUUUUUUGUCUUCUCUGUCACACACAUACAUAGCCAGUGGCCACCAAGCGGCGACAAAGUACUAGUUAUAAAAGCAACUUUCUUUUUCGUAUACAGACGUCACAGAAAAAAAAACGUAUUUUGGGAUAAAUUGUUAAAACAGUAGCUCAAUUGAUGUGAAGGCAAGAGCAACUAUUACAUUAAUAAUAUAUUAAUUCAAUAGAAAUAUAUAUUUACUUUUACCCGAUUGGAUCAUAACAAUAGAAUCUUUAUUAAUUGUAUAUAUAUAUUUAAUGUACAUAUUUCAUUUGUUUUUGGCAGUUGUUUACUAGUAGGUUAGUUUAACUAAUCUAAACUAGUUUUUCCGAAUUCUCAGCGUCACGUUGACGUGUUGCCAUGGCAGCACAAAGUCAGUCCAACACAAACUCAGAGCGAGUUUACCUGCAGCAGCAUGAGAACAACAAAUCAGGGAAGGAAAGCCGAGGAUGGGUAAACUCUACAAAGGCCUGAAUGAAUUUCAGGGAUGUGCUUCAUCUAUUCCAACCAAGUACCAGACAAUCAUCAUCAGCAAUGAAGAGAAGAAAGGCUUUUCCUCACAGUCAAAAAGGUUUCAAGAUCACCUGAAUGAGAAUCCAGGGCCUGGGUCUUAUAUGUCACAUGCACCUGCUGAGGGAUACAGUCCUUCAUUCUCUAAGAGAGGAACAGGCAGCUUUGCUUCAAAAGCUGGUCGUGUGCCCCGUAGCUUCCAGAGAUUAAGCCCAGGACCUGAUGCUUAUAACCUCCAGACGUCUCUGUUUUACAAGCACGAUUUUAACAGAGGAGAAUCCAGAAUGUUUCGUCUGCCUGUUGCAGUAAAGACGGAAAAACCCAAAAAUGAAAAUCCUGCACCAAAUCUAUAUGAUGUGUCUUAUAGUGCCGUGGACAAAAAAUCAACUGUUUCAGCUCAAAGUGCAUUUCGCUCUAAAACCAGACGGAGUGCCAGUGUCUCAGACAGCUUUAAAGGACCCUCUCCCUGCCACUAUAACGUGAGUGACGUUUUGCUCCAGAAGACGCCUCAAGUUCCUUACUCCUGUUUUAAAUCCACCACUUCCCGGAUCCAGCCACCAGUGAGAAACAACAUCCCUGGUCCCGGGACCUAUAGCCCCUAUCAACCACCAGAACCUGUGAAGAGAACCAUUCUGCCAAGGAGACACUACUUGGGAUUAUCAGCGCCACCUCUGAUACCCACCAAAGACCCACCCUAUCCAGGCCCGGGACAUUAUGACAUAGUGAACUACAAUCGUCCGGUUAAACACCUCGUGUCUAGCGCUGCCUUCCUGUCUGGGACAAGCAGGUGGAUACAGGACGUCAAAGGACAGGAUAUACCUGGUCCAGACUUUUCCACAAAGCAAAUCUAAUGAUUCUCAGAAACAUGAAGCUGCUUUCUCUGUCUGAGUCACGUCUGAACAGCUGAAACCCUCCAAACCCUGAUCCCUCAGCAGCUGAUCCUGGAUCUGCUGUACAGUGAACACGAUGAUGUGAGUGAAGCGAUUCAGCUGAUCCUGGGUCAGUGCUACAGUCCCAGGGUGGGAGCAGCUGUUGCUGGACUACACGAGGGUGUGGAGGUCUGCGCUCAUCUGAACAAUGUGAAAAUCUGUCUGGAGAUUUCAGACGGUCAUGACAUGAAAAUGUCCUCUGGAGCGUCACUGAAUGACCUCUGGACAAGGUCAACAUUAUGUCUGAAAGUUAUUCUUAUUCCUAAAAGUUAUUAUAUCAGGACUUUAUUGGGCUGGUUAAUGAGCUUUAUCUGCUUAAACAUUUAUACAGUAGAUGAAUAUAUAACAGUAUAAAAGUUUAUUCAUUUAUGAGAACAGAUAUACAAAAUAUAACAGAUAAUAGCUCACCGAGGCUGCAUAUAUUUGUUCCAAAUAUAG